GCGCGCUCAGUACUAGUGCAGCGUUGGUCUCGGUCGGAUCGUUCCCUCCGGAAAGCCCCGUGUUCCGUCGUCGUUGACCGUCCUUGCCGAUUCACGCGAAGCGUGUGUGUGUGUGUGGGAGCGAGCGAGAGGGAAGUUCAUUACGCGACGCGCGUAUUAUUGUGUCGAUUUGGCGCGUGUGGUCGCGUGCGUGUGUGUGUGCGGAUAACCGCCCACCUCUUCGGGUACCCCUCCCAGUAAAGGGGGUCAUCCCAACGGGUAGAUUUUUCAGAACCACAGCUUUUAAUUCAUUCAAACCGGCAAACCGCGGUCCCCGCAAACUGCCGCCAUUGUGUUUCCACCGCGCGGUGUCCACCUCCCCCCAGGGUUUUGACCGUUUUGGCCACGGCCGAACCAGUGAACCGAUCAAGCGUGUAAAAGCAGCGAAGAAAAGAGGAAAAAGUUAAACAAAACUUGUGAAUUUCUGGUCUAGGCAUCAGUGAAAGCGCGGAAUUUCGACAGUUGAUGUCGAGUUGGAGUGCCGACGGCGAAUUCUGGGAAGUCAGUUUUGACAGUAGCCGACGGCAGUUUGGAUUACCCCGUUGAGCAGAAGGAAGAAUUCCGACGCAGAGAGAUUAAUCAGCGCGGUUGAGAAGAAGAAGAAGAAUAACCCAGCGGAAGUGUUGUUAUUGUUGUGAGAAGCGGAUUAGAGAAGGCGGUGAGAGAGGGAGAAGAGGAAAAUUACAAACAAGAAAAGAGUAAGAGAAGAAAGAAGAGGGUAGAAAAGUGGAAUUAAUUUGUUUUUUUUUCUUCUCGUAAAGAGCGGGAAAGAGAGCAAUAGAAAGAGCGAGAGGAAAUUGGUUUGCAGCCGCCCCAGGUCUUUAUUAGCGGUCAAUUUUGGGUGGAAGCCCCGUCGGAAAGUGUGGAUAAUUAAACGAGUGCAAGUUUCGGGCAAUUACUGGCCGCGCCGCUGAAAUUUUUUUUCGGGGGGAGCGAAAGUGUGAGUGAAUCACCCCUUGGUUAAUUGGUGGUGAGCACGCCAAUGAGUGUGUGUGCGUGUGUAAGCUGCAGCUAAUUUGAUUAAAUAUGCCGUUGGAGCAGCCGCCGCUGGAGCAAACCGUCGAGUUCGGUAGCCGCCGCCUACUGAUCUGUCAGCUGCGCUAGCCGCCUAUUGUUCUCGCCGUGCAGUGAGAGAGAAGGAGAAGAUUGUUUUGGAUUACCAGUGAGUGCUUUGAGGAAGAGUUAAAGUGUCGCGCAAAUCAUUGUGUUGAAUCGUUGAAGAACCCCCCGUUGAAAGUCGAACAACCAGAACCAUGUAUCCAAACGCCGGAAUCAACGCAGCGGCCGUCGCGGCCCGACACCCGGGCCCUCCUCAGUCGGCGCAACCGUUCAAAUUCACCAUAACCGAAAACUGUGAUAGGAUAAAGGAGGAGUUCAACUUCCUCCAGGCACAAUAUCACAACCUGAAAAUGGAAUGUGAAAAAUUAGCUCAGGAAAAAACGGAAAUGCAGCGGCACUAUGUGAUGUACUACGAGAUGUCCUAUGGAUUGAACGUUGAAAUGCACAAACAGACGGAAAUCUCCAAGAGGUUAAAUGCAAUAAUCACCCAGAUCGUCCCGUUCCUGUCCCAGGAGCACCAGCAGCAGGUCUUGACGGCGGUCGAGCGGGCGAAGCAGAUCACCAUGUCCGAACUGAACGCCGUGAUAGGGCAGCAGCAACGACCCGACCUGCCCCGGUUGCUGCAGCAGAUGCACGCCCAGCAGAUUCCGGGCGCCCACGGCGCUCCCCCCAUGCCCGUGGGCAUGCCCCACCCUAGUCUGGGCCCGGGCGGACUCGGCGGUCCGCUGGGUGCCCUCGGGUCAACCCCACCGCAGCAUCCGCUGGCCAUCCUGAACAAGCAGGAGCUGCACCGGCCAGAAGAGUCCAAGUCGAGCAACAGCAACAUCAUGCCCCUGGACGAUCGGCAUCGGAGUUCGAUCUCACCCACCGACCGGGACAAGUACCGGCCCCGGACGCCCGAGUCCACCCACGAACUGAAGAAGGUCAAGAAGGAGGAGAAGGACAUGGGUCAUUCGGACGGGGAAAAGUCCGACCAGGACCUGGUGGUGGACGACGCCUCCGAGAUCAACCCGAUGAGCCCGAUGCCGAACCAGCAUCACAACGGAACCGCCUCGCCCCGUGAAAACGGCAUGAUGCCAAAAAAGUUAGACGUUCAAGACCGUGAACGCAUCGGCACGCACUCACCCCGAUCCGGCACCUCCUCGAACGCGUCGACCCCCUCCAACAAAAAGAUGGACGACAAACCGACGACGCCGAUCGCCAAACCCGCCACGCCCACCAACUCCGCCGCCAACAGCAACGGCGUCCCGAAGGGAGUCGGAGUCAACAAACCGCCGGUGCUGAACCCGGGGGGCUACCCGCCGUACCUCGGGGGACCCUUGAAUGGAGCUCCCCAUGAACUGCAGGCCGCCUACGGCGGACCCGGAGUGCACAACAACCUGCCCCACUCGCUGAACAACUACGGCAGGGCGCCGCUGGCGUUCGAUCCGCAUCCGCAGAUGAGGGCACCGCUCGGACCGAUUGCCAUCCCCGGAGGAAAGCCUGCCUAUUCGUUUCACGUGAACGCCGAAGGUCAAAUGCAACCGGUGCCCUUUCCCCAGGACGCCCUGGUAGGACCGGGGAUUCCGCGGCACGCCCGCCAAAUCAGCUCGCUCAACCACGGGGAGGUGGUGUGCGCCGUAACGAUCUCGAACCCCACCAAGUACGUGUACACGGGCGGCAAGGGCUGCGUCAAGGCGUGGGACAUCUCCCAGCCCGGCAACAAGAACCCGGUCUCGCAGCUGGACUGCCUGCAACGUGACAACUACAUCCGCUCGGUGAAGCUCCUCCCCGACGGUCGGACGUUGAUCGUGGGCGGUGAAGCGUCCAACCUGUCCAUCUGGGAUCUGGCCAGCCCGACGCCCCGCAUCAAGGCCGAACUGACGUCGAACGCGCCCGCCUGCUACGCGCUCGCCAUCUCGCCCGACUCGAAGGUGUGCUUCUCGUGCUGCUCCGACGGCAACAUUGCCGUGUGGGACCUGCAGAACCAGACGCUGGUGCGGCAGUUUCAGGGUCAUACGGACGGUGCGUCCUGCAUAGACAUCAGCGCAGACGGAACGAAGCUGUGGACCGGUGGGCUGGACAACACGGUGCGGUCGUGGGAUCUGCGGGAGGGACGGCAGCUGCAGCAGCACGACUUCAGCUCGCAGAUCUUCUCGCUCGGAUACUGUCCAACGGGCGAAUGGCUCGCCGUCGGCAUGGAGAACUCCAACGUCGAGGUGCUGCACGCCACCAAGCCGGACAAGUACCAGCUGCACCUGCACGAGAGCUGCGUGCUCAGCCUCAAGUUUGCCGCCUGCGGCAAGUGGUUCGUUUCGACCGGCAAGGACAACCUGCUGAACGCGUGGCGAACGCCGUACGGUGCCUCGAUCUUCCAGUCAAAGGAAUCGUCCUCAGUGUUAAGCUGUGAUAUCUCGGCCGACGACAAGUACAUCGUGACCGGUUCCGGAGACAAGAAGGCCACCGUGUACGAGGUCAUCUACUAAACAAAAAACUAAAGCAAGCAACCAACUAAGGCCGAAUGAUCUCUCCCUACCCGAUUUUUGUUGCGGUGGAUCGAAGCCGCACCGAAAGUGUCAUAAAGCCGAGUUCGAACUCGCCUCCCCGGAACCGGGAAAACAAAACUAAACCUAGACAAUGAAACAUUAAGUUAAAGAGAUGAAGAGAGAGAGUAAAAAGCAAGAAGAAAACAAACCUAAAGUUUGAAAAACAACCUGUAAAGCCUGAUUACACUCAUUAAGCUACAAGUUAAGAGAGAAGGGAAAGCGUAGCAGUAUCUGUAUAGAAGAGCAAGUUUAAUUCUCAACUUUAAAGUGUAAAAUGCAUGACCGAGUUUGUAAGAUUUGUAAGCUGUAGAAUGAGCGAUUGAGGAGAGAGUGUGAGCGAUUAGAGAAGCAAAACACGUGUAAAAAGUUAAAGGUUAGUUUAUUUAGUGUAAGCAGUAAUUGACAUACAAGUAAACAAGAAACGCGGCAAAUAGUGCAAGAACAAGUGGUCUCGCUAAUGAAAAGAAUAACCCCCUCUCAAAUCUAAUCUCGGACUUUGUAUAAACAAAUAUUGAGUAAAGAAAAGAAAACAAAAACACAAUCUGAUUGCGGCUUCUCGCUAGUGUUUAGCAGCAGCAAGACUCAGUCAAACUCCUAGGGAUUUCAGCGUCGGUUCCUGUUGUUGAGGAAUCGACGCUUCUUUUUGUUUAGGUUCCCCCCUUUAACUAGACGAACGUGUGUCACUAUCGGUUGACUAUCAAAAUUAGUGUUAAUUCCCUUUGUUAGCGAAAAUUGCAAGAAAAAAAACCUCUAGAAGAACCCCGAGUGUAGCGAAAAAAAAUAAACCCCAAACUUCUUUAUUUAAUAACUAAAAAGAGAAAAAAAUAGCUUUAACCCUUUCAGUCUUGAGUCGCCUCGGCGUAAAAACAGUAUGAUCUAAUUAGAGAAGAAGAAGCAGCAGCAACCAACCUAAAACUAAAUGUGCGUGCGAGUAGUAGUGAACGUGAAUGUGUGUCUAUUGUGCUUCAGUGCGUGGUUAUGCUGCAGCAGCAAAGUAGAAUGUGAGCACGGUGUGUGGCGAGGAAAGGAAACCGAAAACACACACACAAACAAAA